GUUCCUACCCGGAUACGCGGACAGUUGAACAAUUCACGCAUGCCUGCGCUGCUAUGUUCAGAUAAUAGUUGAACGCAUUUGUUUAUGGCGAUGGCAUUAAUGUCUGUUUCUCUGCCUGUGACUGUAUUAAGGUAGUUUUUGGAACGAUGGACAGCAGAGAAGGAGAGGAGUCGUUGGAUGUUUUAGAGCGAGGUGAGAGACAGCUACCCGCUAACUGGAUGCUACAGCACCCAAAGUACCAGGAAUUGAUGAGUCUGGACAUGGGGGACAGCGCUCAGGUCUACGCCGCGUUCCUCGUUUAUCUCGACCUCACGGAGGGGCGGCAGUGGCGCGAGGUGACCAGCAGAGGGAGCAGCGAGCUGCAGCUGGUGCUCCUGGAGGGGAGAGAGAGGGAGGGCGAGCGCGCGCAGGUCAUCCUCCCCCUGCCAGCGCACAGGGCGCUCAGUCACAGACGGGUGCAGUCCGUGUUUCGUAAGGAGCGUGGAGAGGGCGUAGCAGCCUCCAUGCUGCUGUGUGCCGUGGCCUCCGACUCCAGCCUGGUGUAUCAGAAGCUCUGCCCGGGCCUGCUGACCCCUGACCCCCCCGUGGGGAUCGAGGACCAGGGGCGUCGGCAGCAUCGCAAGAGGAGACUGCGUUGAGGGCCCGCUUGCGCUCCAACGCCCUGGAGCAGCACUGUUACGCACUUGUGCUGUGUCACUAACACACUAGAAUGGUACUGACGCACUGAAGUGACACUGUAGCUGCAGUACACAGAAUGUUUUGCCAAACAUAAUCGGUCUUGUGCUGGCAUGCAGGAUAUUGCAUCACCGCUCUCAUUUCCCCUGGUUGGACGGUUGCCUGUCAACAUGCAGUUUAUCCAUUCAGCCGCCAGAGGGCAGCAAAAACCUACAUUGGCCCGAACUGCAAUUCCCACAACGCAGUUCUCGCGUUUUACUGCCAAAGGGGAAUGUAGAUUCUUGAUCCACGGGGUGAUGUCAGCAUGACAGGAUUCAUUCCCGGUGUAACGCACUGACGGACCGCUGUAAAACCCGGCAGGCAACAUUCAGACAAACGGGAGGGGGGGACAGUUAUGUAAACAGCUCCUGUUUUUUAUUUUUAUUUUAAUAGAAAAACAAAAAUUUUGAAACAAAAAAUAAAAAAAGGAAGAAUCCAGUAGCCAUGAUGACCGAAGCAAGAUCAGGACUGUGGCUCUGUUGGAACUGUUCUCCCUACUUUCUGUGUGUGUGUGAGUGAGUGAGUCAGAAAGGGAGACUCGGCCAAGUCAGUUGGCUUUAAUACUGCUGGGUUUUGGGGAGCGGAGCUGACAUGACCGAAAGGGGAAUGCUGCCCGGUGACACCAAAAGCUUGAACUUGAUUGGCUGAAGUGUGCAACGUUCAGCAAACGUGCUAAUGGGAAUUGUAGUACAGAAGCUCAUUUUAAGACAUACUCCAUAUGUGAUGAAGAAGGUGAGAAUGAGCCGUGUGAGUGUGCAGAUGGCAUUAGAAAGCGUAUGCCUGUAAAUUAGUGUUCUUGGUUUUGAGGAUGAAGGGUUGCAACAGAGCCACAGCCUGGGGA